CCUAAAACAGCCUUCCACUGCCAAACUUAGAAUCUCCAAAGCCGUAGUAGGACAAAAUUAUAACUAAACUUCUGCUCCCAUUUGUUAAUCGCCAAUUGCUACUUUCCGUUUGCCUUUCUGAGUUUAUUUGUCUUUUUCCCCCCACAGAGCAUAACAAAUUUCGACGUGAUGAAUCUCUCUUCUUCGGCGUUUGCAAUCUCAGCAUCCUCCUUUCCCCUCAAAGCUAAGAAUCCUAAAACCCGUGUUCCUUUCAAUUUCCAAAAUCCUUUGCGUUGCAGCUCCCCAUCUUCCAUUCGACCGCUAUCCAGGAAGUUGUAUCCAGUCAAAGCAACAGUCCUGCAGGAAGAUGAAGAAGAAGUUGUCGUAGAAAGAUCAUUUCCGACGAAAAGUCCCCUAGGAAAUGAGAUUGAAAAAGUAGGGGAAUCACCUGCGAAUUCAUCUUCUAGUGGUUUGGAGAGAUGGGUCAUUAAGGUUGAACAAUCUGUGAAUAUAUUCCUCACGGAUUCAGUUAUAAAGAUACUUGAUACAUUGUACCGUGACAGAGAUUAUGCCAGAUUUUUUGUGUUGGAAACAAUUGCUAGAGUUCCUUAUUUCGCCUUUAUAUCUGUCCUGCACUUGUAUGAGAGUUUUGGUUGGUGGAGGAGAGCGGACUAUCUAAAAGUGCAUUUUGCUGAGAGCUGGAAUGAGAUGCACCACCUGCUAAUUAUGGAAGAAUUGGGAGGGAAUUCUUGGUGGUUUGACCGCUUUCUUGCUCAACAUAUAGCAUUUUUUUAUUAUUUCAUGACAGUCUUCAUGUAUGCCUUAAGCCCCAGAAUGGCUUAUCACUUUUCUGAAUGUGUAGAGAGUCAUGCAUUUGAAACCUAUGAUAAAUUUAUCAAGGUCCAAGGAGACGAGUUGAAAAAAAAGCCUGCUCCCAAGGUUGCUAUCAAGUACUAUACCGGAGGUGAUUUGUAUUUGUUUGAUGAAUUUCAAACUGCUAGGGCUCCUUGUUCACGAAGACCAAAAAUAGAUAAUUUGUACGAUGUGUUUGUGAAUAUUAGAGAUGAUGAAGCUGAACAUUGUAAGACAAUGAAGGCCUGUCAGACUCACAGAAACCUCCGGUCUCCUCAUUCAAAUGAGGAUGACUUUGAAGACAUGCCUGAUUGCAUGCUUCCUGAAGCAGAUUGUGAAGGAAUUGUAGACUGUAUAAAGAAAUCUUUCACGUCCACUCAAGAAAAGCAAAUGGAGACAACUGAGAGAAAUAGAUAGAGUACUCAUGCGAGUAUACACAUAGUGCGACAUGAGAUGUAUAAUGUUUAAGAAAAUUACAUAGCUACAAUAUUAUUGCGUUUGAUCCAUAAAUGUAGGUUUCUGUUUUGAAUUUCGGAUAUCUUCCCUGCUUAGAAGGAAGGAUUCCUGCUAGACAUGGUUAAAGGCCAUCUUGUAAUACAAAGCAAUACGUUGAUAGUGAUU